AUGAAUCUCCCUACAGGGCCACCCCCAACCAGGACACAGAUACCUAACACAUGUGCCCAAACCCAACUGAGAUCCGACCCCGAAGAGCUGGCAAAGCCCGCUGAACCCUGCCCCUCACCACACAGUUUGCCGCGACAGCAAGCCAAUUCAAAUGCUGAUGAUCCCACUUCCAAAAAGAGGACACAACCCUGCCACCCCACAUGCUGCAACCCCUCCACACCACACUCCAGCCUGCUGCACCAAUCCCCCCCCGGACACGACAGCCAGCAGAGCAGCACACCGACAAGCCCGCCUAACCAUCCGGCCAACGUCAGCAACCCCAGCCUGCCAGUCCAUGAGAGAGAAACAAGCACCAGCCAGGUAACCAGGACGGGCAGGCCAACCGCUCCAGACCGAGCACACCCCCCAGCCAUCCCAGUGCAGGCACAAGACAUUCUCCACCCACUGAACCGCAGCCCGGCGCCCAGACAAGGGCCAGAGCAACAGAAGGAAGCAUUGGAGGAAGGCCACCACAGCCCACCUAAGACAGGGCACCCCGCCAACCCCACACCCAAACCCCGGAGGUGCCCCUGCAUGCCGGUCACUCACACUCCCGCACGGCAUACCUUGCCUCACCAAGCAGGCACCAAACAGGCUGGCCGGCUAUCACCUCCACCAAAGCAAAGCCACAUCCCAAUCAAUGCCACAGACUGCCUGGCCAAACCACGCCCCCGACACACAAACAGUGAACAGUGCAGGCAGAGGAAAUAG